AUGGUAAAUGAUGAGAGAAUGCUGCUCACCUCAACAAGCAAGGUCGGCCAGAUCAGUACAGCAGGGGAUGAAAGGCUUCAGGUGAAGGCCAUAGGAGAUGCCUCCCUUUGGCUGGAGGAGACUCACAAUGACAUCCCAGAGGAUGAUAAGAACACAGGAAGACAAAAUGAUGUCCCAGAGGACAAUAGGAACACAGGAGAUCAGGACAGCUACCUCUGGCACGAGAGGUUUGGACACCUGGGACGAGAUAAGACAAGGCAGAUCCAGGCACACUACCUUGGUACUGAUGAGAGGAUGGAGCAUGAGUUGAAGCAUUGCAAUGCAUGCAGUCAAGGGAAACAGACCCAAGCACAGAUGAGCCAAUCAGAGUUGAAAAGAGCAGGGGCACCACUAGAGCUAGUACACAUAGAUUUGAUGACAGAUUUCAAGGGCCAUGCCAACUACCACUAUGCACUAGUUGCUGUGGAUGACUUCUCCUCCCUGAACUAUGUGGAACCACUCUGCACUAAGGGCACUGCACUCAUGGCACUGAGAAGGUGGAUCACCAGUGACAAUGGAGGAGAGUGGUGCAGCUUGGGAGCUGAAGACUGGCAAACUCAGGAGGGUUUCAAGUGGCAAAAGAGUGUCCCAGGGAUCAGUAUCCAAAAUGGAUGGGCAGAGAGAGCAAUCAGAUCAGUCCAAGAAAAGAUGCACUUGAUGCUCAUUGGUCGAGCUUGCCCCAGAGAGUUAUGGCCAUAUGCAAUCACAGCAGUGGCACAUGUGAUGAACCUCACCCCAUCAGCCACCAAGACCAUUCCUCACAAGGCCUUUUAUGGAACCACUGUGCACAAGCUGGCCCAACAGCUAGCAAAGCCAGCCAUCAUGAUUGGGUACAAUGAUGAGCACAAAGCAUGGAAGUUUUGCAACCUGGACCAGCCCACAUCAAUCCAAUGGAGCAACUCAGCAAUGUUCCAUGAGGACAAAGGAUGGAGCAAUUGCCAACAGGAGGCAUUCAAGCCCAUGGCGACUGCAGAAGUCGAGGAGGAGGGUGUCAUGCCAACCACAGUGGAGGAGGAAACCAGAUCAGAGGCUGCAGUGGAGGAUCUCCUACCAGCUAUAGACAGCACAGUAGGCACUGCCAACACAGCAGUACUGAACCUGGACCCAACUCUUGGAGAGGCAAUGAACAGUGAGGAUGCCCAGCUCUGGAAGGAGGCAAUACAAAAGGAGCUGGAAGGACUUGAGGCAAUGGGAACUUGGGAGGUGGUGCACCAACCGCCAGGACUACCACUUGUGGACUCUAAGGUUGUGCUUCGGCUGAAGCUUGAUGCUGAUGGUGUGCCCAUCAAGCACAAGAGAGAGGGGAUCAACUACCAAGAAACCUUCUCUCCAGUAGCUCCCCUUGGAGCAAUCAGAGCCAUCUUAGCACUAGCAGUACAGAACAACUGGGAGGUGCAUGCUCUGGACAUCACUAUGGCUUACUUGAACUCCACAUUAAAGGAAGCAAUCUACAUGAAGCCACUGGAAGGAUCAGGAGUACCUCCCAGCCAGGUGUACAAGGUAGAUUGCACUCCCUGCAUCUACACCAAGGGACAGGGUGAAGAUAUGGCCAUUGUGGUCAUCUACAUUGAUGAUACAUUGGUCAUAGCACCAUGGCUGGAAACAGUCCUAAAGGUUAAGAAGCAGAUUGGCCAGAGAUGGAAGAUGGAAGAUAGUGGUGAGGUCUCUCACUUCCUUGACAUCAAAAUCAGUUGA